CGCUCAAUUAGUGCGCGGCCCGACAUAUAAGGAGCAGUAGUAAGCAAAUAUAGAUAUUUUUUAUCGAAAGUGUCGAUUAUCAUAAGCUCUGUGUAAAAAUUAUACAACUCUGUGACCACGUGCUUUUAAGUUACAAAUUUUUAAGUAAUACAACCUUUGGGUUUUUCUACAAUAUGGAAAAAAAGGAGUUUCGUGUCCUGAUUAAGCACUGUUUUUUGAUAGGAAAAAAUACAGUAAAAGCAAAAGCUUGGCUUGAUAAACAUUACCCAGAUUCUUCUCCGGGAAAAUCAAUCAUUAAAGAUUGGUACAAUGAAUUUAAACGUGGUCGUGUGGACACCAAAGACGCUGAACGCAGUGGUCGCCCAAAAACAGCAGUUACGCCAGAAAAUGUGGCAAAAAUCCGAAAAAUGGUGUUGGCCGAUCGCAAAUUGAAAUUAAAGGAGAUAGCUGAUGCCUCAAAGAUAUCGGAAAGCAGUGUGUUUACGAUAUUAGAUGAACAUUUGGACAUGAGAAAGCUCUGCUCGAAGUGGGUGCCGCGAUUGCUAACACCGGACCAAAAGCAACAACGCAUCGAUGCUUCCGAGACGUGUUUAAGCAUGUUGAAGCGCAAUAGGACCGAUUUUUUUCGCCGUUACGUAACCAUGGAUGAAACCUGGAUACACCACUAUACUCCAGAAUCCAGUCGUCAGUCCAGGGUGGUAGCCGGUGAAAGCCGUCCGAAGCGUCCCAAAACACAAAUAUCGGCGGGUAAGGUUAUGGCUUCUGUAUUUUGGGAUGCACAUAGGAUUUUAUUUAUAGACUACCUGGAAAAAGGUAAAACAAUAAACAGCGAAUAUUAUAUAAAACUGCUGGAUCGAUUGGAUCGCGUUAUCAAGGAAAAACGUCCACAUAUGGCCAAGAAGAAACCACUGUUUCUCCAGGAUAAUGCACCAUGCCACAAGUCUAUGGCAACAAUGGUGAAAUUGAGUGAAUUGAGAUCUCAAAAAGCACCUCCAAGGCAAGAGAUAUCGAUCAAAUGAGGAGGUGAUUGUCGAUACUGAGACCUAUUUUGAGGGUAAAAGUUCAUCUUUCUACAAAAAUGGCAUAGAAAGGUUGGAGAAGCGCUGGAUUGAGUGUAUAGCCGUAGAUGGAAACUAUA